ACCAUGUGGAAAAUGAAGAAUGAGUACAAACUCCAGUGCUCUAUAAAUACAAGGAAACAUUCAUCUGGAGCCUCAACUCAGUACCGAACAAGAAGCUAGUUGAAGAAGCUUUCUUACUUCUUCUUCUUCAUAUAUAGUUCUUUGGGUUUAUAGUAUAUUGCGAUGGGUUUGGGUAAAUUGACAAUAUUGUGCUUAUGGGUAUUCCUUGGUGUUCUCAUUGGGAUUGCCUCUGCCCAAUUAUCAACAACUUUUUACUCAUCUUCUUGUCCUAACGUCCUUGCGACCAUCAAAACGGCGGUGAAUUCUGCAGUGUCGACAGAGGCUCGUAUGGGGGCAUCUUUGCUCCGUCUCCAUUUCCAUGAUUGCUUUGUCAAUGGAUGUGAUGCAUCGGUGCUGCUCGAUGGCUCAACCGGAGAGAAGUCAGCUGGCCCAAAUAACAACUCACUGAGGGGAUUCGACGUGAUCGAUACCAUAAAAUCUCAAGUGGAAAAUUUAUGUCCCGGUAUUGUUUCUUGUGCCGAUAUCUUAACUGUUGCUGCAAGAGAUGCUACAGUCGCUUUGGGUGGGCCAAGUUGGUCUGUUCCAUUAGGCAGAAGGGAUUCGACUACAGCGAGUUUGAGUGCUGCUAAUUCCAAUCUCCCAAGUCCAGCUUCCAGUCUCAGUGCCCUUAUUACUGCCUUCUCAAACAAAGGUUUCACUGCUACAGAAAUGGUGGCUCUUUCAGGAUCUCACACAAUAGGCCAAUCAAGGUGUACGGUCUUCAGAAAUCGAGUUUACAACGAAACCAACAUAAAUUCUCAAUUUGCGACUUCCGUUCAAUCGAAUUGUCCGAGCACUGGCGGCGACGACAACCUCUCCCCUCUCGACGUCACCAGUCCAACCUCGUUCGAUAACGCAUACUUCAUGAAUUUGCAGAGCCAAAAGGGCCUUCUCCACUCGGAUCAAGAACUCUUCAAUGGAGGCUCCACCGAUAAUCAAGUCAAUGCUUAUAGCACCAACUCCGCAUCUUUCUUCACGGACUUUGGAAAUGCAAUGGUGAAGAUGGGAAACCUUAGUCCACUCACCGGCACGAGCGGCCAGAUCAGGACUAAUUGCCGUAAAACAAACUGAGCCCCUUGUCACUUCGCACUUUUUUAGACUAUAUAUACACUAUUCUGUUUUUUUUUUUUUUUUUUCUUUCUUUCUUUGGAAGGGCAAAAAGUUUUUUAUUAAUCAUCGACCGAUAUUUACAAUAGCAGAUAGGAAAUGGGCAUGUGUGAAACUAAGAUUCGCAUCGUUGUGCUCGUUUUAUGUGUGUUAGCCUGAGCAGGUUAAUUACGAAAAUAAAAGCAUUUGUUUGGAUUAUGGCAGUGUUUUUGUAAUUUGAUUUGUAUUGGUGAUGUGCAAUAAGACUUGCAGAGGAGUAUUA